AAACUAGCAUCAUGUGGAAGGGAACCGGCAGAUGAAUCGGAGAUUCGGUGGCGGUCUUCUGCACCCAGCCCGAAAUGUCAUCUCUUUUCCACCCUUGUGCACCUGUGCUUGCUCUGUGAGCAUCUCCUGUGUAUUUUCCAGUCCUGAGUUCAUCUGUCUUCAACAGCCUCUCCGCUCUUCAGCUCAUCCACUGACUCGUUCAAUUGUUUGGCUGCAGGUCGAAAGGAUUGUAGACAAGAGGAAGAACAAGAAGGGAAAAUGGGAGUACCUCAUCCGAUGGAAAGGCUAUGGGAGCGCGGAGGACACGUGGGAGCCCGAGCACCACCUCCUGCACUGUGAGGAGUUCAUCGAUGAGUUCAACGGGCUGCACCUGACCAAGGACAAGAGGGUCAGGUCGGGGAAGCAGGCGGGCACCUCCAAGCUCCUGCGUGACACCCGAAGCCCAGCUUCUUCGGUGGAGAAACUCCCCCACAGGCCCGCGGAGCCGGGAAAGAACAAAGGGACUUCGCACAAGCGGAAGCGAAUCAACCCGCCCCUGUCCAAGCCCAGGAAGGGCUACUCAGGCAAACCUCCAGGGGCUGGUGACAGGGCUGCCAAGACUGUGUCCUACAGGACUACACCCAGCGGCCUGCAGAUCAUGCCCCUGAAAAAGGCCUCCAACGGCUUGGAGAACGGGGACGCCGGCUCUGAGAAGGAUGAGAGGCCCUUUGGAAAUGGGUCCCAUCAGCCUGAUGUGGAUUUGACCGACCAGGUCGGAGAGCAGGACACCAGCAGUGGAGAAUGCGACGGGCCCCACCCAGCACUGGUGGAGAACGGGCUUGGCUCUGCUCUGACCAAUGGCGGGCUGAACCUGCACAGCCCGGUGAAGAGGAAGCUGGAGGCUGAGAAGGACUAUGUCUUUGAUAAGAGGCUCAGGUACAGCGUCCGCCAGAAUGAAAGCAACUGUCGGUUUCGGGACAUUGUGGUACGGAAGGAAGAAGGUUUCACGCACAUCCUGCUGUCCAGCCAGACCUCGGACAACAAUGCACUGACACCUGAGAUCAUGAAGGAGGUCCGGCGAGCACUGUGCAAUGCGGCCACAGACGACAGCAAACUGCUGCUGCUCAGCGCUGUGGGAAGCGUGUUCUGCAGCGGCCUGGACUACUCCUACCUGAUCGGCCGGCUGUCCAGUGACCGGCGGAAGGAGAGCACUCGGAUCGCCGAAGCCAUCAGGGAUUUUGUGAAGGCCUUCAUCCAGUUUAAGAAGCCCAUCGUGGUGGCCAUCAAUGGGCCAGCUCUGGGCCUGGGCGCUUCCAUUCUGCCCCUCUGUGACAUCGUGUGGGCCAGUGAGAAGGCCUGGUUUCAGACACCCUAUGCCACCAUCCGCCUCACGCCCGCGGGUUGCUCCUCCUACACCUUCCCCCAGAUCCUGGGAGUGGCACUGGCCAAUGAGAUGCUGUUCUGCGGGCGGAAGCUCACCGCCCAGGAGGCAUGCAGCAGAGGCCUGGUGUCCCAGGUCUUCUGGCCCACCACGUUCAGCCAGGAGGUCAUGCUGCGGGUCAAGGAGAUGGCAUCGUGCAGCGCCGUGGUGUUAGAGGAGUCCAAAUGCCUGGUGCGCAGCUUCCUGAAGUCAGUGCUGGAGGACGUGAACGAGAAGGAGUGCGUCAUGCUCAAGCAGCUCUGGAGCUCCUCCAAAGGCCUGGACUCCCUGUUCAGCUACCUGCAGGACAAGAUCUAUGAGGUCUGAGGCCCGCGCAAGGGUGCCUAACUGCACCCUAGCCUGUGUUCCGGCGUCGGAGCCCAGCAUCUGCCCGGCCAAGGAGUUCUUCCCAGUGUCUCUGUGCACCUAGGGUCGUGUCCAUCUCCUUGUGUCCUUUGCUUGUUCCUCAUUGGUUUGAUUUUGUGUGAUGGUGGGAGACGCAGCACACUUGGCCUCCCCCAUGUCCCACCCGACAGAGCUCGUGAGGGCUCUGCCUUCCCAGGGCCCUACUGGGUCCCGCUGUCCCUCCCCACUUGCUGAAAUGCACCAUCGUGGUCCAGGAAGGGGAGACCGCCCCCCCACCCUUCCAACUCAGGCUGUGUCUACACAGUGCCUCUGACUGGGAGACGAGGCCAGCACGCUUCGCUCUGGGUGAGGGUAGACGAUUCAUCCUAGCGAAUUCACAGACCCAUGAGCAAGCUUCCGUCUCCUCUCCGAUGCAGUCUGUGUGACUAUUAGGGCUUGGUCUUAAAACCCAACUGAGUGAUUCACAAACCCAGAUAUUGUACAUUUAGAAAUGUUUUGUUAAAUAUAUAUUUUUAAAACAGCGUAAGUGGAAAUUCUGAUAAUUUAUGUGUAUUAUAUGUAAAGCUAGUUUUGCAAAAAAAAAAAACAUGAACUACUAGGAAAAUGCUUUCUUUUCUUUAAUUGGAUUUAUCUUAUUUAUUUAUUUUUGUUUAUAUAUUAUGAUGUCUGUUGUUCACACAGAUCUUAUUUUCAUACUGCCCUGGACCAAAUACCGUUCGAGGUUCACGCUGUUUGGUGCAUUCUAGCAAUGAAGCAUGUAGAAAUAAAAUUCAGAGAGAUGAGAACAGAAGGAUUUCUGUGGAUAAAGGAAUAGCUCUGCAUCAGACCCUCUUUGUGUAGCUGUGGUAACAUAAUACCAAUUCUGUAGUCUUAUCCUUAAGAGAAAUCAUGGCAGGAUUUUCUCUUUUCUGUCUGUCUUUAAAGAGAUAAAGGGCUCUCAGUUAAAUGAUCCCCAAACAGACCUAGUUCCUACUCUGAGGGCAUCAGGAACAGGUAGGAACAGGCCCUACCUGGUAGCGUGUGGCCCUCUGUGAGACUUCUUCGUGCAAAUGUCUGAACUUAGAUUUCAGAGACCGUUUCUUCCACGUGCUCAUUGAUCACUGGUUUUGGCCUUCCAGGAAAUUGAGCAAAAUUCCUGUCUGCUGAGCUGUCUGUACAGUCAGAGUCCUUUCACCUCCAGAAGCCCAAAUGAUCCAUCUUUAGGAAUGGUUCUCUGCUUUCUGUUCAGAUUCCAGUCAGGUGCAGUUAUGUUCAGUAGCUUCAAAAACAGUGUCUAGAUGCUCAGUGGAAAUGGAAGGGGAUAUUUAGAAAUUCAUUCUGAUCAAUAUCCACCUUUGUUUCUUGCUGAAAUGUCUUAGCUUUGGGGGUAUCAUCAGUUUCAAACCCCUGAAUAGUUUGUGGAUCUGUAGUGACUAAAGUAGGCAGGUGAAACCAUCUCUAAGGUGGAAUUCAUGCUGCUAACUUGUAGGUUGUGGGUGUAACAGGAGGUAUUUUCAAAGAGUCUGCCUUUUGGUUGUUUGCAUAAAGUCAGCUGAAUAAUGGAGUUCCACAGUUGGGCAAAAGUUAGUGAAGUCCCUUUGCCAGUGUAUUUUUCACUUUCUGACAAUAUGUAAAUGAAAUCCAUGUAAUUUACAGCAAAUCUAUCUGGGAAGAAAAACACCAGACUUAUGGUUGUGUUUAUGUUUACCCAAAUAGUCUUCUUCAGGUAGUCCUCAUUUUUAAAAUCUUGUACCCCAGCACCCUCUCUCCACCCAUGGGAAACUUUCUUUCCUACUUUUCUCCCCCUCGCCCCAAAUCCCUCGCUAGAGCCUGGGCAGGUCAUUGAGGAACUGUCACUGGGCUUGGCAGCCCAUUCCAGAAUCCCUUUGGUAUUGGAAGAACAGCUGUGGGUGGGAGGCUGAGGGUGCUUCUCCUGAGUGAAAGGCUUUUCUGGAAGUCCACUCCUCUCCUUCAAUAGCCUCCCCUAUCCCCUGCUCCAACCCUGGUUAUGCCUGUCACCCAAUGUCUUAUGGUGGAGCCAUGGGAGUGAACAGCCCUGUUCCCAGGGAUCUUUCCACAGAACUUCUGUUUAGAUGCUCGUAUUUCCUCCAAGUGCGGAAAUCACAGCGGGAUGCAGAUGUUAUUUAUACCUGUGUCCCUUCUACCGCAGAAAUAAGGCCUACAGGUAAUAAGCAUCACUAUGAGGGGUAACUAUGAGAAGGAGGUAGGGUAUUGAUUUGAAAUAGUACUCUUGUUUGGUAUAGAUGAAACUAGAAAGUGGUCUCUCAGAAGCAUGGUAAUAUGUUUUCCUCAUAUGAAGCUUAGUAUGAGGAUGGGAAAAUAAUACUCACAAUACAAUUUGAACAACGAUGCAGCUCUAUCUCUGAAUAAGCCACAUUUUAAAAUAGCCUUGACUAAAUGCUGAGUUGCAUUUCCCAUUAUGAAUGGUUCGUUUCAAAACCUUUAAAAAAAAACUUUUAAAAAGUUUGUAAACUUUUUUUAAUUUUGAAUUUAGUCACAUUCAUGAGAUUUUUUCCAAUCUAGUUUCUGUGGAAAUUUUUUAAUGAAG